ACAUACUGCAAAGGUAAAAGUCAACUAGAACAUUAUAAGCAUAUAGUAGGUUGAGAACUAAAAGUUCAGUAUGACAGUGGAUUAUAUAAGUGCAAAUUACGUUAUAUAGGCUUCUCAUUUAGUAAUCCAGAUCAACCCCUCGUUGGAGGUAUUAUAUUCCUGAUAAUUAAACCAGAUUUGCACUAGAUUCCAGUUGUAGGCUAAGUUUACCACAGAGUAUCCAAAAGAUAAACAUCAGAUAAGGACAGGAAAGUAAGACAUUGAAAGAAAGAACCUAGGGUCCGAUAAAGCUCCAAAUACAAACAACUUAUCAUAAUCUACUCUGUUUUUUCGUACAUUUAGCCUGGCAGAAAAAAUAGUGCAUAACUCCAUAUAUACAAGUAUGAAACUUAAAACGUGGACACGUCUAAUAAUUCUAAAUCGUGCAGCAAAAAAGUACAGUUUCAUGCAAAAAUUACCCUUCUGAUGGGUUUAAUCUAUGUAAAUAUGGUGUUGGAUAUGGCUUUGCAUUGACAAAGAGGGAUUUUUGCAGAGUAAAUGUGAAACUUCCCACCAUUGAAGUUAGAUACAAGAAUUUGUCAGUGGAAGCAGAAUGUAAAGUAGUAAAAGGGAAGGCUUUGCCCACUUUAUGGAAUGCUGCCAAAGGCAUUUUUCAGGUGAGAUAUGUGCUUAUAAUCCAGCUUCUAUUGAUCUGGUGUUUCUUUUUCUGUUUCUGAGGACUUGCCUUUAGAGUGUCCUUACAUUUCAUUAUGAAGAGUCUUGUCCACAAGACAAUAAACUUACAGAUUAAUCAGCAUGGCCUAUUGACACUUGAACAAGCUAUGGGUUCCAUUGAAUACUAAAACAUUGAAAGAAAUGACCUCCUAAACAGGUUUGCUCAGAUUUCAUCUACAUUCCAUACACCACAGUGAAUUUACAGGAUACUUAUAUUGUGUAUAUAAACCAAAAAUCAAGCACAGCAAUCUUAGCAUUAGUUAAGCAUUUGGUUGAUUAUUUUCAAAAAAAUUCUUAUAAUAAUUCUCAUGUUAUUGGAACAGGGUCUUGCAAAGGUCCCCGGUUUGAAGGCAAAAGAAGCAAAGAUAAGCAUCCUAAAUGACAUCAGUGGCAUUAUCAAGCCUUCCAGGAUGACUCUCUUACUCGGACCUCCAGGGUGUGGAAAGACUACUUUAUUGCGAGCACUGGCAGGACAGUUAGACAAGUCACUCAAGGUUGCAGGAGAAAUUUCAUAUAAUGGCUUCAGAGUAAAGGAGUUUGUCCAAGAGAAAACAGCAGCUUACGUGAGCCAAUAUGAUCUGCAUAUUCCUGAGAUGACUGUACGGGAGACUUUGGAUUUUUCAGCACGCUUUCAAGGUGUUGGAAGCAGGCAAGAAAUUAUGGAGGAAGUUAGUAAAAGGGAGAAGCAGGCUGGAAUUAUCCCUGAGUCCGACAUAGAUACAUACAUGAAGGCAAUUUCUGUGGAGGGAUUAGAAAGAAGUCUCCAAACAGACUACAUAUUAAAGAUCAUGGGACUGGACAUCUGUUCAGAUACGAUGAUUGGAGAUGUCAUGAGAAGAGGAAUCUCAGGUGGCCAAAAGAAAAGAUUGACUACAGCCGAGAUCAUUGUUGGACCGACAAAAGCUCUAUUUAUGGAUGAAAUAUCAACCGGACUAGACAGCUCUACGACAUUCCAAAUCAUUUCUUGUUUUCAACAAUUGGCUCAUAUCACAGAGACUACUAUUGUCGUUUCACUUCUCCAGCCUGCACCUGAAACUUAUGAUCUCUUUGAUGACAUCAUAUUAAUGGCAAAAGGAAAGAUUGUAUAUCAUGGCCCUCGCAAUCAUAUUCUUAAUUUUUUUGAAGAAUGUGGAUUCAAAUGUCCAGAGAGGAAAGAGGAAGCUGAAUUUUUGCAGGAGGUAUUGUCCAGAAAAGAUCAAGAACAGUACUGGUCUCGUACGUACGAAGAAUACCAUUAUGUUUCGGUAGGUCACCUCUGCAAAAAGUUCAACGCUUAUGAUGUUGGACAGAGACUUGAAGAGGAGCUAUCAAAGCCUUACGACAAAUCCCAGUGCCAUAAAAAUGCUUUAUCUUUCAAUGCUUAUUCAUUACCAAAGUGGGAACUGUUUAAAGCUUGCAUGGUGAGGGAAUUGCUUCUGAUGAAGAGGAAUUCUUUCGUUUACAUAUUCAAAUCAACUCAGCUUGGGAUUACUGCAAUCAUCACAAUGACCAUUUUCCUGUGUACACGCCUCGGAGUUGAUGUUUUUCAUGCUAAUAGCUACCUCGGAGCAUUGUUUUACACACUAAUAAUCCAUAUGGUCAAUGGAUUUCCAGAGUUGGCUAUGACGAUCACUAGGCUUCCUGUGUUCUAUAAACAGAGAGAUUUUUACUUCUACCCUGCGUGGGCUUACGCAAUUCCUGCUUUCCUAUUAAAAAUCCCUAUUUCUUUGAUAGAAUCUCUACUAUGGACGUCUAUUACUUAUUACGGAAUUGGAUACAGCCCAGAGGCAGUAAGGUUCUUCCGCCAGUUUCUUCUGCUUCUCAUCUUGCACCAGGUGUCACUUUCCUUGUUUCGUUUCCUUGCCUCAUAUUUCCAGACACCAGUGGCUUCUACAGUGAGCGGUACCUUGACUUUUCUAGUACUCCUGGUAUUUGGCGGCUUUAUUCUACCAUAUCACUCUAUGCCUAGCUGGUUAAAGUGGGGAUUUUGGUGUUCCCCAUUAACAUAUGCAGAGAUAGGCUUGGCAGUAAAUGAAUUCCUUGCACCGCGGUGGGAAAAGAUUACAUCAGCAAAUACAACUAUAGGACAGCAAGUUCUGACAAGCCGUGGACUGAACUUUAAUGGCUACUUUUACUGGAUAUCAGUGGGUGCCUUGGUCGGAUACGUUUUGCUCCUUAAUGUGGCAUUCUCUUUGGCAAUAACUCUCAGAAAACAACCUGGUGUAUCUCAAGCAAUUAUAUCCCAAGAAAAACUUUACCAAAUAAAGGGAGAAGAAGACACUAAGGACGAAAGGAAACUACAUGAUACUUCACCAAGUAUAUCUCCUAGGACUGCCACAGAACAUAAGAGAACAGGAAGGAUGGUUUUACCAUUCAUUCCCCUCACAGUAGCAUUUCAGGACGUGAAGUACUAUGUUGACACUCCUCUGGAAAUGAGAGAACAAGGCUAUACGGAGAAACAGCUACAACUUCUCCACAAUAUUACCGGCACAUUCCGUCCUGGAAUUCUUACAGCGCUUAUGGGUGUUAGUGGUGCAGGGAAGACCACGUUAUUGGAUGUUCUUGCAGGAAGAAAAACAGGGGGUACAAUCGAAGGGGACAUAAGAAUUGGAGGAUAUCCUAAGGUACAACAAACAUUUGCUAGGAUAUCAGGUUAUUGUGAGCAGAACGACAUACACUCUCCACAUAUUACUGUAGAAGAGUCAGUAAUAUAUUCAGCCUGGCUGAGGCUACCAUCUCAAGUUGAUCCAACCACUAGAUCUGAGUUCAUAAAUGAAGUGCUUGAAAUAAUUGAGCUUGAUGGCAUCAAAGCCUCCUUAGUUGGAAUACCUGGGGUCAGCGGAUUAUCUACUGAGCAGAGGAAACGACUGACUAUUGCUGUAGAACUUGUUGCAAAUCCAUCUAUUAUAUUCAUGGACGAACCCACAUCAGGUUUAGAUGCUAGAGCAGCUGCAAUAGUAAUGCGUGCAGUGAAAAACGUUGUUGGGACAGGACGAACAGUGGUCUGCACCAUUCACCAACCUAGUACUGAUAUUUUUGAGGCAUUUGAUGAGCUAAUUUUAAUGAAAAGGGGAGGUGAACUGAUAUAUGUUGGGCAGUUAGGUCAGCAUUCAUGUGAAGUUAUUGAAUAUUUUGAGGGCAUUACUGGGAUACCAAGGAUAAAGAAAAAUUAUAAUCCAGCAACAUGGAUGUUGGACGUUACCUCUACAUCUGUUGAAGCGCAACUUAAUGUAGAUUUUGCACAAAUAUACAGACAGUCGCCACUAUACAGGAAUAAUCAAGAGCUCGUCAGACAAGUUAGCAAACCACCACCAGAUUCAAGUGAUUUACACUUUCCCACUCGUUUUCCACAAAAUGGAUGGGUGCAGUUCAAAGCUUGCCUGUGGAAACAGUACCUGUCAUACUGGAGAAGUCCUUCAUAUAACUUGACGCGCAUGAUAUUUGUAAUUAUCUCCUCAACUGUAUUUGCAGUUCUGUUCUGGAAGCAUGGGAAGACACUAAACAACCAGCAAGAUCUGUUCAACAUGCUGGGGUUAAUGUACGUUGUCACGAACUUCUUCGGCAUAAACAACGCAUCCUCAGUUUUGACAUUCGUAGCAACUGAACGAACUGUUCUAUACCGUGAGAAAUAUGCAGGAAUGUACUCUCCAUGGGCCUACUCAUUAGCACAGAUGGUAAUUGAGAUUCCUUAUGUAUUCAUCCAAGUAGGAUUAUUUAUCGUCAUCACAUAUCCAACAAUUGGCUAUUAUUGGUCAGCUCAAAAGUUCUUAUGGUUCUUCUUCACCAUGUUCUGCACAUUGCUCACUUAUGUUUACCUAGGAAUGUUGAUUGUUUCAUUGACCCCCAAUGUUCAAGUGGCUUCCAUACUGCAAUCUCCCUGCUAUGGCAUUCUAAAUCUCUUCUCUGGCUUCAUCAUACCAGGCCCACAAAUCCCGAAGUGGUGGAUCUGGCUUUAUUAUAUCAGUCCCAUGUCAUGGACCCUAAACAGCCUGUUUACUACACAAUAUGGAGACAUAGACAAGGAGAUCAUGGUGUUCGGAGAAACAAAACUAAUUUCCUCCUUUAUAAAGGACUACUUCGGAUACCACCAUGACCGUCUGGGAGUUGUGGCUGUUGUUCUCAUUGCCUAUCCUCUCAUCUUAGGUUCUCUCUUUGCAUUUUGUAUAGAAAAGCUAAAUUUUCAAAGACGAUGAGAAUGAUGUUCAUGUACUACUAUCAAAAAAAUAUUAAUGUGUUACUAUUACUAGUUGUAAAUGCAAAACUUCAUACCAAAUUGCAUGUUCAAGUUCUCAUGACG